CUUCCAUCCAACUCCUUCCUCCUUACUUUCUCCGUUCAUUUGCUUCGUUUUCGUUUAGAUUCCUUUCCUUUAAACCUGUCCGGAACUACAAACCUGUUUCGUUCUUUCGCAUGUCUCGUUCCCAUAAACAUGUCCGGAAUUAUGAAACAGUUUAUUUUAACACCUCGGAGCGGAACGAUGUCGUUCGGAGGUUCCGACAUAGUUCCUGUUUAUGAUUCGGAACAACCACUAACUAACAUUAAUCGGUUUGAAAAUCGAUUUUUGCUUUUCUCAUUGAGACCGGAAUCCCUAUCCGUAAACAAAACUUCAAAAAUAUUGUUUAUUUUGUAUGUAAACAACUGAUUUCCAUACCAUUUCAUUCACUAAUUGUAACAGUUUGGUGCUUGUAUUAAUCGUUUAAACAGUCACAAGAAUGGAUAAAUUUGUAACGUUGGUGCUACUACUCGCCUACAUUUAUAAUGUAUCUAGUUUCGAUUCAACAAAUAUUGUGAUCACUAUUGUGAGCCAACCAGAGCCCUAUCACGCCAGCGUGGCGGCAAGACUCAAGCAACAAAUAGAAAGCCAAGUAUUAGAAAUAGAAAAGCGUCUGCCGACAGUCUACCUAACACAUGAGGACUUCCCAAUAUCUGGAGCGUGGACUAUUAUCCCCCUACUGCGACCACUGCUGGCCAGGCAUAAGGGGAGUGACGUGCGAUGGGUGCUCUUCGUAGAACCCCAUACAGCAGUAAGAUGCGAGAAGCUGCUGGAGGCUUUAGCGAGUGCCGAUAAACAACAGGACACAAUGUGGAUAGGGUAUCCUUUGAGCGAUGAGGAGCCCACGAUCAUACACCACUUCAUGUUCUACGAAGACUUAGAAGAAGAGGGCGGGUUUGUGUACCCGCACUUUGCAAGCGGUUUCGCCAUGAGAUUGGAACUGAUUGACAUAUUGAACCAAAAAAUUGAGAGUGGCGAAAGGAAACUCGAGGCAGACUUCUCAAUAGACCCGGCGUACGAGCUCGCACAACUGGUGUACGGCGACACCGGUGUGCCUGGUCCCUUGUUGACUCCUGACCUUAGCUUCUGCAUCGUUUCGGGCGACAACUGCGCCACCUAUCCACGCCAGUUCCACGCGUGUGGCAGCCCCAUACCGGAGGAAUCUAUAUUCUUCGCGGUAAAGACCUGGAGCGGCUUCCACGCGACCAGGGCGAAGGUGUUGAAGAAAACUUGGGGUCGCCACGUCACCAACCUGCAGUUCUACAGCGAUCAAGAUGAUCCGUCGCUGCCAGCGGUUGACACCGGCAUACCGAACACCAAGACAGGGCAUUGCUCCAAGACGCUGGCUAUAUUGAAACAAGUGGUGAAACGAGUCAGCAAUAUGCCCCAUAUCAAGUGGAUAUUCCUGGCAGACGACGAUACCAUACUCGGCGUCCAGAGGCUUUGCGAGGUGCUGAGUUGUUACCGUGGAGGUGAUGACGUCACUAUACUGGGAGAACGAUACGGCUACGGGUACGGCAAGAUUGAAACUGCUGCGAAAGGGUACUCGUACAUAACGGGCGGGGGCGGCACGGCGCUGAGCGCGGGCGCGGCGCGCGCGCUGGCCGGGUGCGCGUGCGCCGCGCUCUCCGCGCCCGACGACAUGACGCUGGGCGCUUGCGCGACGCACCGCCUCAACAUCACUCUCACGCACUUGCCGCUCUUCCACCAGGCCCGUCCACAAGACUACGCCCGAGAGGUCAUUGCUCGCGAUCGCCCAGUUUCCUUCCACCGGCACUCGUCACCGGAUCCGGUGCGAGUAUACGCCACCUGGUUUCAGCACGAUGACUUGGCGCUGCGACAUAAAAGAGACGAGCUCUAACUACUAUAAUAUAUGACGUACAAUAUAUUUGGGGGUUUAUCCGGUCUCCUUCCACCGGCACUCGUCGCCGGGCCCGGUUGGAGUAUACGCAACCUGGAGCUCUAUUUUUGAAUCACUCGCCUUGCGUCGAAAGCUCGAUUUAUACAAAUUAUAAUUCGACAUAAUAAAUUCCGUAUUUUUGAUUCGCUCGACGUCAACGAGCGGUCUCGACCAAUCGUUGCGCCUUGGCGAAUGAUGGAAGCGAAUAAUUGUUGAAUAAUUGUCAAAUUUAUGUCAGAUAUUUUCAAGACUUUUUCUCAAUCUUUUUAGAAUACAGAUAAGACGACGAUUUGUUGCGACGUUUUCAUCUUUUCUAUGUUAGAGUAAUUGAGAAUUUUUGACAGCGGUAAUGACCGACUGUUUUUAUCUUUUUCCGUGAAAUUAAUAAAAGUAAAUAUUUUGUAUUAAAUUGGUGACACUGUAGAUGAACGAUUCAAAAAUACUAAAAAUCAGUAUCAUGCGUCUUGGAAGUCGAAAGUGACUUAAGUCGCAUUCGACGAUACUAUGUCAGGCGAGCGAAUCAAAAAUAGAGCUACUGGUUCUAGUAGGCUCACCCACGUUUCCUCGUUCAGUACUGUUCUGAGCGCUAGGUGGGAACGUAGCGGAGUUGCACGGGUUUUGUAUGAAAUUUAACAACACAAGAAUACUUUAUUUAUUUGUAAUGACUUUGUGUAAAAGAGCGAUGGGUCGUUAAAAUUAUUUAGAAAAUAACAGAACCGAGUUUUAAACGAUUCGGUCAUGAAAGCGCUAAUAUCAACUUGUGAAUUUUAUCAACUAGGGGUCUAACCUAGUUAAUUAAAAUAAAAAUAUUGUUACCUACGAGUUGUGAUUUAUAAUUGUUAAAAUAAAUUAAUAUAACUAUGUAUAUUUGACUAAAACAGCAUAUCAUUAAAUAUUUGAUAGGAAGAUUUUUUCCUGCCGUAAGGCCUAAUAUUGUAUUAAAGUGUAAAGUUGCUUCUAUUAACUUCCUACGCAUUGUACACUAGUUUUAUAGUAUUUUUUUUGCUUGAUACUAAUUUCUUACAAAAAAAUACUUCGAUUUAUGUAAACACAAAUUUAAAUACUGAACUCUACAAAGAGUCGCAUGAAACGUGUCGUAUAUUCAUGAAAAAUAUUAAAAUCUUUGUAAAAACGGGUGUAGAAAUACAAAUGAUAAUUUUGUAUUUAUAAAGGUUUCAUGGCACACUUUCGCGAACUAAAAGACUUUAACGCAAACGGCAAAGAACCUCCAAUCGGUAAUUCGAUAUGCUGUCUACAAACUUUGCACAUGUUCUAUUAAGCGUUUCAUAUCGAUAUGAUAAGCAAACACACGAUAAAAUUUGUGGCAGACAUAUUCAACUCGAACAUUAUCAAUCGUCACCGUAUCGAGCCGUUCAGUGCUCCUAGCACGAACCAUUAUCGAAUUCGAAUAGUUUGCAAACCGAAAUGUCAAUGUCAAAUUUUGUAUGGAAACUUGAACAGCAGCGGCACAAAGUACGUAACGAGAACUAAAAAUCAGUACACAUUUGACAAUGUCAUUUCGGACUCGCAAACGAUACGAAUUCGAUAUUGGUUCGUGCUAGGGGUACUGUACCCUUAGCACGAACCAUUAUCGAAUUCGCAUAUUCUGCGAGUCCGAAAUGUAAUAGGGAUGAUGACAUUUUUUUUUCUUCGUUUAUCAGGUAGAUUAUCAAAAAGUAUUGGACACGUAUUUUUUCUUUUUUCACAUAACAUAAACAUUGCAGAGAUAUAUUGAUUUGAAAAGUCGCAUGACGUCACGUUUUGGUACAAUUUUCACUUAAAAGUGACGUCACGAGCCUCAACUCCCAUACUUUGACGAGCUAUAACUUUGUCAUUUUUUGGUUGAUUGCCCAAAGAAAAAAUACGUGUCCAUUAUUUUGUGAUCAUCUAACUGACGGACUAAAUAGUAUUUCGUUUACUGUACCCCGUCAUCACCCCUAUUUUUAAGUGUGUAUUUUUAGUUCUCGUUACGUCCUUUGUGGCGCCGCUGUUCAAGUUUCUAUGCUAAAUUUGACAAUGACAUUCCGGACUCGCAAACUAUUCGAAUACGAUAUUGGUUAGUGCUAAGGCUACAGUAUCCUUUUUAUAAUCGGAAUCGGUCUAGUACCCGUUGGACCCUCAAGUUUCGACCCGAAAGCAAAAAGUGUCCAUUGAACCUCCAUUAUAUGACCCAUUGGACCUCUUUAAUUUUUUAUCGUAUGUAACGCAAAUCGUUGGAUAGAGACGAGGAGUUGAUAUGUCUGUUACGACCUUUAACAAGAAUAAUCGUUUAUAGUAAAAAUACAAUAAACGGACAUUUACUUGAUAUAACAAAAUUGUCAUGAGUGUCAUAUAAUAGAGUAUUUGACAGUAUUAAAAAUAAAGUGCCAAUUGUUAGUAUCCUUAUUUAGAAUGAAUAUUGGCUCCCGCCAAAAAACUCCUGUUUUUACUAUUUUUACAGAAAAAAUAUUCAUAAUUUUCCUAAAAACCCACGAUAAAGUUAAUAGUUUUCUUGUCUAAUGUCACGUGACCCAAAACUCUUGGGAUUGGUGGAGCCUAAAAUGACGUCACACUCAAGUAAACUUCCGUUUAAAGUGACAUUUGAUUGUAUGGUUUGACGUUUUAAUGACAGUCGUGUGACGUCACACACCAAUGAGUCGCCAUAUUGUCCAGAGAUAUGUUUUUCGCGGCAACUUGAAAAUAGAAUUUUUGAUUUAGUUUUUUUACC